CUGCUUGUGGCGUGCGUGCGUGCGUUUGUGCGCUGCCCGAGGAACUCUCGGCGAGUGAGCGGCGGCGGCGGUUGACUCGCUGUGCGUGUGUGAGUGUGUGUGCGCGCCGCCCGUGUGACAGCCGUGCUACUUUAGCGGUGCCGGGCAUGUCACGUUGGUUUUGAACCCCUCCCGCGACCGAGACAGCAGUUAAGUGUGCGCGUUUGGUCCGGUGACGCGUCCCACCCGGCUGGAUUUACAUGUCGCCGGUCCGGCAGUGAAUCGCACGCCUCGCCGCCACCCCCCCAACAAACACCGCCUUGCGGGAAAGACAGCGUCCGCUCUUGUAGCCGGUCUCCUGCCAGGGCCAGCGGCAGCCAACAUGGCGGACCCCGCCGAACUGGAUGCGUUCAACAGUCCGGAGUUGAAGUACCUGGUGGUGGACAAGAGCGACGUGUACGACCCGACCAAGCAGGCGGAAUGGACGGCCAAGAAGCUGAUCUGGGUGCCGCACGAGUCUCAGGGUUUCGUCGCCGCCAGCGUCAAGGGCGAGCGCGGCGACGAGCUCGAAGUCGAAGUGCUCGAGACGGGCAAGCGCUUUCUCGUGAGCAAGGACGACGUGCAAAAGAUGAACCCGCCGAAAUUCAACAAGGUGGAGGACAUGGCCGAGCUGACGUGCCUCAACGAGGCGUCAGUGCUGCACAACAUCAAGGACCGCUACUAUUCGGGCCUCAUUUACACGUACUCUGGCCUGUUCUGCGUGGUCGUCAACCCAUACAAGAAGCUGCCUAUCUACACCGACAAAGUAAUAGAGUUAUUUAAGGGCAAGAAACGCCAUGAAGUGCCUCCCCACAUUUUCGCCGUUACCGAUGGUUCCUACCGUAGCAUGUUGCAAGAUCGAGAGGACCAGUCAAUUCUAUGCACGGGCGAGUCCGGAGCUGGCAAGACUGAGAACACGAAGAAAGUCAUCCAGUACCUGGCAUACGUUGCGUCUUCCAAGCCGCGGUCAUCGACGUCAUCCGCCAUCCACUCGGAGUCCGGCACCGCGCCUCACAACUACCAACCACCAGUGUUCAACAUGGGCGAGCUCGAGCAGCAACUGCUUCAAGCAAACCCAAUCCUCGAGGCCUUCGGAAACGCCAAGACAGUCAAGAACGACAACUCUUCCAGAUUCGGCAAGUUUAUCAGGAUAAACUUUGAUGCAUCUGGAUUCAUUGCUGGUGCCAACAUUGAGACCUACCUGCUGGAAAAGUCGCGCGCCAUCCGGCAAGCAAGAGACGAACGGUGUUUCCACGUGUUCUAUCAGCUCCUGCACGGAGCCACGCCCGAGCAAAAGAAGGAGUACCUGCUGGAGGAUGCCAAGAGCUACACGUUCUUGACCCAUGGUCACGUGCCUGUUCCUGGAGUGGACGACGCUCAAGAAUUCCGCAAUACAGUCAAAGCCAUGACAAUCAUGGGGCUCAACCAGGAGGACCUCAACUGCAUAUUCCGGGUGGUGUCGGCGGUGCUUCUCUUCGGCAACAUGGAGUUUCGGCAGGAGCGCAAUUCGGACCAGGCGACAUUGCCGGACAACACAGUGGCGCAGAAAGUGAGCCACUUGCUGGGCCUCAACGUGACGGAGAUGACCAAGGCCUUCCUGAGGCCGAGGCUCAAGGUGGGCCGCGACCACGUCACCAAGGCACAGACCAAGGAGCAGGUGGAGUUUGCCGUCGAGGCGAUUGCCAAGGCAUGUUACGAGCGCAUGUUCCGCUGGCUGGUCAACCGCAUCAACCGGUCGCUGGACCGCACCAAGCGCCAGGGGGCUUCUUUCAUCGGCAUCCUCGACAUUGCCGGCUUCGAGAUCUUCGAGCUCAACUCGUUCGAGCAACUCUGCAUCAACUACACCAACGAGAAGCUGCAGCAGUUGUUCAACCACACCAUGUUCGUGCUGGAGCAGGAGGAGUACCGGCGCGAGGGCAUCGAGUGGAAGUUCAUCGACUUUGGGCUCGACCUGCAGCCCACCAUUGACCUGAUCGAGAAGCCCAUGGGCAUCCUGGCCCUGCUCGACGAGGAGUGCAUGUUCCCCAAGGCGACGGACAAAACAUUCACCGAGAAGCUGGUCACCUCGCACAACCAGCACCCCAAGUUCAUCAAGUCGGACUUCCGCGGCACGGCCGACUUCAGCAUCCUCCACUACGCGGGCAAGGUGGACUACCUGGCAAACCAGUGGCUGAUGAAGAACAUGGAUCCACUCAACGAGAAUGUUGUCUCUCUGCUGCAGAGCGCGCAGGAUCCUUUUAUUGUACAGAUCUGGAAGGACGCGGAAAUCGUAGGCAUGGGCACGGCCACCAUGGGCGACACCCAGUUCGGCGCCCGCACCCGCAAGGGCAUGUUCCGCACCGUCAGCCAGCUCUACAAGGACCAGCUGGCACGGCUCAUGGUGACCCUGCGCAACACCAACCCCAACUUCGUUCGCUGCAUUAUCCCCAACCACGAGAAGAAGGCUGGCAAGAUCGACGCCCCUCUUGUUCUCGACCAACUUCGGUGCAACGGUGUCCUUGAGGGCAUACGAAUCUGUCGACAAGGCUUCCCGAAUCGAAUCCCUUUCCAAGAGUUCCGGCAAAGGUACGAGCUGCUUACGCCAAACACUAUUCCAAAGGGCUUCAUGGAUGGCAAGCUGGCAUGCGAAAAGAUGAUCAUAGCACUAGACUUGGACCCGAACCUGUACCGAGUUGGGCAGAGCAAGAUAUUCUUCCGGGCUGGGGUGUUGGCUCAGCUGGAAGAGGAGAGGGACAUGAAGAUCUCCGACCUCAUCAUUCAGUUCCAGGCUUACUGCCGAGGGAACCUGGCGCGCCGCAACUACCAGAAGAGGAUGCAGCAGCUCAACGCCAUCCGCAUCAUCCAGAGGAAUUGUGCCUCUUACCUCAAGCUUCGCAACUGGGCUUGGUGGCGACUCUACACCAAGGUGAAGCCCCUGCUGCAGGUGACGAAGCAGGAGGAGAAGCUGAAUGCCAAGGAGGAUGAGCUGAAGGCCAUGCGUGACCGCAUGGACAAGAUGCAGUGUGAGCUCAAGGAGGCUGAGCGCUGCUUGCAGCAGGCGACAGAUGAGAAGGUGACGCUCCAGGAGCAGCUCCAGGCGGAGACGGAGCUGUGCGCGGAGGCGGAAGAGAUGCGGAUGCGCCUGGCAACCCGCAAGCAGGAGCUGGAGGAGGUCCUGCACGACUUGGAAGGGCGCGUGGAAGAAGAGGAAGAGCGCUGCCAGCAGCUUCUCCAGGACAAGAAGAAGCUCCAGGUCACCAUCCAGGACUUGGAGGAACAGUUGAGUGUGCACGGCCGUGCGCGGCAGAAGCUUCAGAUUGAGAAGUACACGCUGGAGGGCCGGCUGAAGAAGCUGGAGGAGGCGUACGCAGUCAUGGAGGACGGCAGCAGCAAGGCGGCCAAGGAGAAGAAGGCGCUGGAGGAGCGCCAGGCCGAGCUGGCACAGGCCCUGGCCGAGGAAGAGGAGAAGGCCAAACACCUGGGCAAGCUCAAGUCCAAGCAGGAGGCCGCCAUCGCCGACCUCGAGGAGAGGCUGCGGCGCGAGCAGCAGAUGCGUCAGGAGCUGGAGCGGGCCAAGCGUCGGCUGGAGACGGAGCUGAAUGACACACGCGAGCAGCUGGGUGAGAAGAAGGCUCAGGUGGAGGAGCUGCAGCAGCAGCUGCUCAAGCGGGACGAGGAGCUGGCGCAGGCCCUGCUGCGUUGCGACGAGGAGUCGGCCGCCAAGGGCCAGGCCCAGAAGGCCUUCCGCGAGCUCGAGGCGCAGCUCGCCGAGUUGCAGGAGGACCUCGACUCUGAAAAGGUGGCCCGCGCCAAGUCCGAGAAGCUCAAGCGGGACCUGAACGAGGAACUGGAGGCACUGAAGAAUGAGCUGCUGGACUCGCUGGACACGACGGCGGCCCAGCGGGAGCUGCAGAAGCAGCGCGAGCAGGAAGUGGUGGGCCUCAAGCGGUCGCUCGAGGAGGAGGCCCAGAGCCACGAGCUGCAGGUGGGCGAGAUCAGGCAGAAGCACGCCCAGGCGCUCGAGGAGCUCAACGACAACCUGGACAACCUCAAGAAGGCCAAGGCGACGCUCGAGAAGCAGAAGGCCAACCUGGAGGCCGAGAACGUGGACAUGGCCAACGAGAUCAAGGCCAUCAGCGCGGCCCGCCAGGACUCGGACCGGCGUCGCAAGGGCCUGGAGUUCCAGCUGCAGGAGCUGUCGGUGAAGCUUGCCGACCUGGAGCGGGCGCGCAGCGACGCCAUGGAGCGCUGCCAGCGCCUGCAGUCUGACCUUGACCAGGCGAACGGGGCGCUCGAGGAACUCGAGUCACGUGCCUCGCAGGCGGUCAAGAGUGCUCAGGCCUUUGAGACGCAGAACGCCGAAAUACAGGAGCUGCUCCAGGAAGAGACGAAGCAGAAGUUGGCACUGAGCUCUCGGCUGCGUCAGCUAGAGAGCGAUCGCACGACGCUGCAGGAGCAGCUGGACGAGGAAGAGGAGUCCAAGCGCAACCUGGAGAAGCAGAUCGGCACGCUCACCCAGCAGGUGGCCGACCUCAAGAAGAAGGCCGACGAGGAGGGUGAAGUGGCGGCCCAGGCCGAGGACGCGCGCAAGCGGCUCCAGAAGGACCUGGAGGCCCAGCAGCGCCAGAUCCAGGAGCUGCAGGCACUCAACGACAAGCUGGACAAGUCCAAGCGCAAGCUCCAGGCCGAGGUCGAGGACGUCACCGUCGAGCUGGAGAACCAGAGGGCCAAGCUUGCAGAACUGGAGAAGAAGCAGCGCAAGUUCGACCAGCUGCUGGCCGAGGAGAAGGCGGUGUCCGAGCGGCUGGCGGCCGAGCGGGACACGGCCGAGCGCGAGUGGCGCGAGAAGGAGACGCGCAUCCUGGCCCUGACGCGGGAGCUGGAGGAGCGCAAUGACAACCUGGAGGAACUGGAGCGGUCGCGCAAGCAGCUCCAGCUGGAGCUGGACGACCUCGUCAACUCGCAGGGCACGGCCGACAGAAACGUUCACGACCUGGAGAAGGCCAAGCGUUCCCUGGAGAACCAGCUAGCGGCACAGAAGACUCGGCUGGAGGAGCUGGAGGACGAGCUGCAGCUGGCCGAGGACGCCAAGCUGCGGCUGGAUGUGACCUUGCAGGCGCUCAAGGCCCAGCACGAGAGGGACCUCCAGGCCCGGGACGAGCAGGCCGAAGAGAAGCGGCGCGCCCUGGCCAAACAGGUCCGAGACUUGGAGGCCGAGCUGGACGAGGAGAGGAAGCAACGGUCGGCGGCCCUGACACUUCGCAAGAAGCUCGAAGCAGACCUCCAGGAGGCAGACCGGCAGUUGGACACAGUGAACAAGGCCAAGGAAGAGGCUGUGCGUCAGCUGAAGAGGCUACAGGGACAAGCCAAGGACUGGCAGCGGGAGGCCGAGGAGGCCCGAGGUUCGCGCGAGGAGCUGCAGGCGCAGGCCAAGGAGGCCGAGAAGCGGGCCAAGCUUUUGGAGGCCGAGCUGGCUCAGCUCCAGGAGGACCUGGCCGCAGCAGAGCGGUCGCGGCGUGCCGCCGAGGGCGAGCGGGACGAGCUGCAGGACGAGAUCGCCAGUGCGGCUGCCAAAGGGUCGCUGCUUCUGGAGGACAAGAGGAAACUGGAGGCUAAGAUGCACGCCAUGGAGGAAGAACUCGAGGAAGAACAGAGCAAUGGCGAAAUCCUCAGCGACAAGAUUCGCAAGGCCCAGGCGCAGGUGGACCAGCUGGCGGCCGACCUGGCGGCAGAGCGUGCCACCUCGCAGCGGCUGGAAAACAAUGCGCUGGUGCAGGAGAGGCAGACCAAGGAGCUGCGUGCCAAGCUGCAGGAAGUGGAGACGGCCUGCAAGUCCAAGCUGCGCACGGCCACCAGCCAGCUGGAGGGCCGCCUCUCCCAGGUCGAGGAGCAGCUCGACCUGGCCGAGCAAGAAAAGCAGGCGGCCAUGCGGACGAUCCGGAAGUUGGAGAAGCGCCUCAAGGAGUCCAUGAUGCAGGUUGAAGACGAACGGAGGCACGCCGACCAGUUCAAGGAACAGGGAGAGAAGACGAAUAACAGGAUGAAGAACCUGAAGCGGCAGCUCGACGAAGUCGAGGAGGAAUGCUCGCGGGAGAAGGCGCAGAGACGCAAGCUCCAGCGUGAGCUGGAAGAAGUGCUGGAGGCCAACGAGAAGCUCCAGAGUGACCUGAAUGCCGCGCGCAGCAAGCUGAGGCGGACUGGUGCUGCGACCGGUGGAUCAACGAGCCGAAUGUUCAAGCGGGGAUCUGUGCCAGGCGCCGCCGGCGACGACAGCCCGAUUUCCCUGCCCGAGGAAUCGUUGACGGAAGACGGACAGCCUUAGUGUGGACAAAAGCGGUCGCAGCAGUCCGCUCAUUAGCCGUGCAGUCGCCCCUUGCCAAACCAUGUUUCCGAAGAAACACCACAUGGCCCAGCGCGCUUUCGCCCUCCGUGACCCCACGAUUCUUCUUCACACUAUGCACAAUGCCCAAGGCAAUGGAUGAAAUCGUGCCCUUUUUUUUUUUUUAAUGGCUUUCUUUUUGACGGAUGCUUCAUAGGUAGAUCUUGCCAGCAUUGUCGCACUGUCGUGGCCUCGCAAUUUCUUUGGGGUCUCUCUUUUAUUUCUAGCACGGUGCCAGUGAAAUUGUCUCUGGGGCCUGGGAUACACACAGGAGAAACAUUCCCCGCCAAAUCUGGCCUGCUGUGAAUUAGACAAUCGCAGCGCAGCAGCACUGGGCUGCCCUCUGCCACGCUUCAUUGUCUGUCUGGCCACUCGUGACGUGCUCUGUUUUCUCUCAUGCUAAUGUAUGAAACUGCGGUGUCUUUUUCUGUAUUUUUUUUUAAUAGCUCUAAUAUUUAGCGUCACCAUCUAGACUUGAACAUGGACAUUAUCUGUUGUCCUGCCUCAUCUUGGCGUGCUUACAUUAUUAUUAUUAUGAAGGGGGCACCAGUGAAAUGACGCAAUCCUUCUCCGUUGCUGCAUCUUGUUUGUGGUUGUGCCAGUCGGUUUUGCCAUGGUCCACUUGGUUUAACACGCCGACACAGUCAUACGAGGAGGUGUGAAGUGACCUCUUAACGGUGUUAUCUCGAUUUUUUUUGUGUGUGUGUAUGUGUGUGCGUGUAAUAGUAACUCUGCCACAAUCUUUUUUUUUUCCUCUUUGUUGAACCAUUUGUUGCAUCGUUCGAUGCAUUUGGGGGCCUGUGACAUGCGCGUUUAUGUACUUCACGACAGCACAGCGAGAAAGAAGGGUUUCUUGCAAAGAAGCCUUUAUUCCUCACCUCUCGGAGAGGUGGUGUCGAGAAAAAAAGAAAGGCGAAUACCAGUGUGUGAUUGUGUGUGCGUGCAAGAUUGUGUACGUGUGUUCAGAGAGGAUGGUGCAUGUUUCUUUGGGCGAGACAUGUUCCUGCAAGGUCCUUCUUUGAAGGAAACGGUGAAGUCCCGUUUUGUUCUUUUGGUGCUCUGUCCGCAGAAGGGGGAAGUGCAGGAGACGUGCGACUGCAUCCCCCCCCCCCCCCCCCCCCGUUUGCGUUGCUGCAAUCGCCCCUUUUUCGUGCGGUGACAACAUCGCCCCCGAGUGUGGGGAAUCGUCGCCAGUGGGGGGAAAAAGAAAGAUGUUACGCGACUGUGUGACAAUGUUCGUUCUUGUACAAAAAAACAAACAAAAAAAAAACUGCGGUCUCUUGUCGUAUAGAAUGGAACGAAUUAACGUGGCUCAUGCGCUCUAGCAAUGCUGCACUUCCGAUGUGGACGCCUUUGAACAAGAACCUUAGGGCUUUUUUAACGAUUUUUUUUUUCUUGAAAGGGGGAACGCCUACCUUGAGAGCAGUUGUGAGGAAUGCUUCAGGUUUUGGCUGUCAAGUUAUUUUUGUAUCUUGAAUUGUUAUACUUUAAUAUUGCAACAAUAAAUGUGUCAAAUUAUUUGAAA